AUGGAAACUUCAGCUUCAUUGUCAAACAUACCUAAUGACAUCAUACGAGAUAUACUUUUGCAGUUGCCGAUGAAGUCUCUGAUCCGGUUUCAAUGUGUAUGUAAAUGGUGGCGUUCGUUGAUACAAGACGACUCAGAUUUCAAGCUCUCGUAUCGUGGACAAGAACGACUUCUCAUCCUCUCGAAUGAAUCCAAAGGCCGGAGAAACCGGAAUCGCAGAUUAUUCGUUAGAUCCACAAGCCAUGAUCUUAGUCUUCAAAGUCAUAAAUGGCCGUUAAAAGAGGGUUGUCCAUUGAUUCGUCCAAGACACGAAUACUUUGUUACAUGGUGUUCUUGCAACGGGCUUGUGCUUUUGGUGGUUGAGAGAGAUCUUUUGUUGUGGAACCCGUCCACCGGGUGUUCGAUGAAAGUCCUCGAGCGGCCAUAUCGAUUUCCAGAUCUAUAUCCUAAGAUUAUCCUUGCAGGGCUAUGUUACGACUCCUGCACUACAGAUUACAAGGCCGUCUUAUUACUUAAUGGCAGUAAUUUUGGCCAUUCAUUAGUCAUCUCCAGCCUCAACCACAAAGAGUGGCGACCAGUGGAGUUCCCUUAUUGCCCGGACUCUAUUAGAGACGGUGUAAACUUCCGCAAUACAUUUCACUGGUUGGUGGUAAGUGAUUACAAAUAUGACGAUGUGGGUUUGGGUUUCUCGUCGUCGGGUAAUAAGAUCAUUUAUUUUGAUCCUGUGUGUGAUGAAUUCAGAAUCUUGCCCACUCCCGAUGAACUAAGGCACUUCAUAAUCUCCGAACGAAGGUACGGACUAAGGUACGGAAGAGAAAAGUUGAUAGUCGGGUUGGGAGUUAUAGAUGACUGUAUUUGCAUGGCAGUGCUGGGAGAAGAAUACAAAAUCAAAACUAACAAGAUACAAGUAUUGAUUAUGAAGGAGUAUGGAAGACAAGAAUCAUGGAUGACUGCAUUUGCUAUCCAAUUGCCUGAAAUUCCAAAUAGGCAUAUCCGCUCCACAUUAAUAUUCUAUUCUCUAAAAAAAGAUGUACAAGAAGUAUUAUUCAUGCAUAUCGUGCCGGGUUGGUAUGGGCUGCAAGUAUCUGUUUAUGAUAUAAAAAAAGAUGAACGGAAGGAAGUUCUGACGGACUUCGUGACUACCACAGGUCGUAGAUACAUUGUUAGUACGUGUUUCUAUGUUGAGAGUCUUGCUUGGCCUGGCAACAGUGGAUUGUUGUCCCAAUAA